AUGACCACAGCUCUGACCACUACAACCGCAGCUCCCACAACAACCACAGCUCCCACUACUUUAACCACAGCUCCCACUAUGACAACAACUCCCACUACAACAACUCUCCCACUACGACCCCAGCUCCCACAACCACAACAGCACCUCCCACAACAACCCCAGCUCCCACUACUACAACUCUCCAACUACCACAACCCCAGCUCCCACUAUGACCCCAGCUCCCACAACAACCCCAGCUCCCACUACUACAACAGCAGCUCUAACUACCACAACCCUAUCUCCCACUACCACAACCAUAGCUCCCACAACAACAACCACAGCUCCCACUACUACAACCACAGUUCCCACCACAAAAACAGCCACUACCACAACUGCAGCUCUCACAACCACAACAGUUCCAAUUACCACAACAGCUCCCACAACUACAACUGCUGCGUCAACAACCAUAGCUCAAACAACAACCACAGCUCCCACUGCUUUAACCACAGCUCCAACUACCACAACUGCAGCUCCAACUACCACAACCCCAGCUCCCACUACGACCCCAGCUCCCACAACCACAACAGCAGCUCCCACUCCCACUACCACAACCCCAGCUCCCACAACAACAACCACAGCUCCCACUACUACAACCACAGUUCCCACCACAAAAACAGCCACUACCACAACUGCAGCUCUCACAACCACAACAGUUCCAAUUACCACAACAGCUCCCACAACUACAACUGCUGCGUCAACAACCAUAGCUCAAACAACAACCACAGCUCCCACUGCUUUAACCACAGCUCCAACUACCACAACUGCAGCUCCAACUACCACAACCCCAGCUCCCACUACGACCCCAGCUCCCACAACCACAACAGCAGCUCCCACUCCGACUAUUACAACUGCAGCUCCCACUACCACAACCCCAGCUCCCACAACAACAACCACAGCUCCCACUACUACAACCACAGUUCCCACCACAAAAACAGCCACUACCACAACUGCAGCUCUCACAACCACAACAGUUCCAAUUACCACAACAGCUCCCACAACUACAACUGCUGCGUCAACAACCAUAGCUCAAACAACAACCACAGCUCCCACUGCUUUAACCACAGCUCCAACUACCACAACUGCAGCUCCAACUACCACAACCCCAGCUCCCACUACGACCCCAGCUCCCACAACCACAACAGCAGCUCCCAGUACUACAACUGCAGCUCAAACUACCACAACCAUAGCUCCCACUAUGACCCCAGCUCCCACAACCACUACCACAGCUCCCACUACCACAACCCCAGCUCCCACAACGACAACCACAGCUCCCACUACUACAACCACAGCUCCCACUACUACAACAACAGCCACUACAACAACUGUAGCUCCCACAAACACAACUACAGCUCCCACUACUAUUGCAGCUCCAACUACCACAACCACAGCUCCCGCAACUACAAUCACAGCUCCAACUACCACAACCCCAGCUCCCACUACGACCCCAGCUCCCACAACCACAACACAAGCUCACCACUACUGCAACUGACAGCUCCAACUAUCACAACCCCAGCUCCCACUACGACCCCAGCUCCCACAACCACAACAGCACCUCCCACAACAACCCCAGCUCCCACUACUACAACUGUAGCUCCAACUACGACAACCACAGCUCCCACAACUACAAUCACAGCUCCAACUACCACAACCCCAGCUCCCACUAUGACCCCAGCUCCCACAACCACAACAGCAGCUCCCACUACUACAACUGCAGCUCCAACUACCACAACCACAGCUCCCACAACUACAAUCACAGCUCCAACUACCACAACCCCAGCUCCCACUACGACCCCAGCUCCCACAACCAUAAUAGCACCUCCCACAACAACCCCAGCUCUCCACUACUACAACUGUAGCUCCAACUACCACACCCACAGCUCCUACUAUGACCCCAGCUCCCACAACCACAACAGCAGCUCCCACAACAACCCCAGCUCCCACUACUACAACAGCAGCUCUAACUACCACAACCACAGCUCCUACUAUGACCCCAGCUCCCACUACUACAGCAGCAGCUCUAACUACCACAACCCUAUCUCCCACUACCACAACCAUAGCUCCCACAACUACAACCAUAGCUCCCACAACUACAACCACAGCUCCGACUAUUACAACUGCAGCUCCCACAACCACAACCCCAGCUCCCACAACGACAACCACAGCUCGCACUACUACAACCACAGUUCUCACCACAACAACAGCCACUACCACAACUGCAGCUCUCACAACCACAGCAGUUCCAAUUACCACAACAGCUCCCACAACUACAACUGCUGCGUCAACAACCAUAGCUCAAACAACAACCACAGAUCCAACUACUACAACUGCAGCUCCCACUACUUCAACCACAGCUCCCACGACAAUAAGAACUCCCACUACGACACCUGCAGCUACCACAACCACAACAGCUCCAAUUACCACAAAAGCUCCCACAACUACAACCACAGCUCCCACUACUUUAACCACAGCUCCAACUACUACAACUGCAGCUCCCACGACUACAACCACAAUUCCCUCAACACAACUGCUUCUCCAACAACCAUAGCUCAAACUACAACCACAGCUCCAACUACUACAUCCACAGCUUCCACAACAACAGCUCCUACUACAAAAACCACUCAACCUAUUGGAGUUCCAUGUAAUGAAGGUAGUACUGGGCUUCACCCAAACCCUGAUGACCCCAGUUCUUUUUACAACUGUGAUGGUGUGAGAGCCCACCGCCUCUCUUGCCCAUCAGGUUUGAUCUUUCAUGACAGCUGCAAAUGCUGUGCCUCCACUGCCACUCCCAUAACUACAGCAACAACACCUCCUAUUAAAACAAUUACAACACCCUCACCUGCUUUUAAAACAAGAUCUAGUGGAGUCAUAUGUAAUGGAGACAACAUUGGGGUUCACCCCAACCCCAAUGACCCCCAUUCUUUUUACAACUGUGAUGGUGUAAGAGAGCAUCUUCUAUCCUGCCCAGCAGGUUUGAUCUUCCAUGACUGCUGCAAAUGCUGUGCCUCCACUGCCAUACCCAUUUCUACGACUAUAGCUCCCAUCACUACAACCACAACAGCUUACUCUAUCACAACCACUACAGCUUCCCCUACUACAACCUCUGUUCCCACAACAAUUUCCACUACUACGACCACAACUCCCACUACCACAACCACAACAGCCUCCACUACUACCAGCACAACUCCCACAACAACAGCUCCCACUACCACAAGAUCUCAUGGAGUUAUCUGUAAUGGAGAUAACAUUGGGCUUCACCCCAACCCUGAUGACUCCAAUUCCUAUUACAACUGUGAUGGUGUGAGAGCCCACCUACAACCCUGCCCAUUGGGUUUGGUCUUCCAUGACAGCUGCAAAUGCUGUGCCCCCACUGCCACUCCUACUACAGCAACUACACCAGCACCCACUACAACAACCACAACAGCUCACACUACCACAACCACUACAGCUCCCCCCAUUACAACUACAAAUCCAACUACUACCACCACAUCGACCACUACCACAACCACAAGAUCUAGUGGGGUUAUCUGUAAUGGAGACAACAUUGGGCUUCACCCCAACCCUGAUGACCCCAAUUCCUAUUACAACUGUGAUGGUGUGAGAGCCCACCUACAACCCUGCCCAUCAGGUUUGAUCUUCAACAAUACCUGCAAAUGCUGUGUCCGCUAAAGAGUUGUGAGUUAGUAUGAAGUGUGACAGCACACCUCAUGUCCUGCCCAUCAGGUCUGACCUUCAAAGUAAGCUGCAAAUGCUGUGCAGAUCCCACUACAACGACCAUGGCUCCCACAACAACAACACCUCCCACCAUUACAAGCACAAUAGGAUCUACUGGAGUUAUCUGUGAUGGAAAUAACAU